AUGAUGUAAGAGGGGAGGGAGGGAUUGCCCCCAUAACGCUCAGCAUGAACGCUCCACGGCAAAAGGAUGUGUGAGCAAGCAGCGCGCUACUGCAGGGACGGUGUCCACAAACUGCUCCAAAAAGAACAACCGAAACUCCGGGCUCAGGACAGCAAAGAGCAACCAAAACCCGUGGCAGAGGAAAGCGAGUCAGCGACGGCUGCACAGUCUGGAAACAGCGGCGCCCAGCCCGGUGGAAUUGACGGGCUCGUCCGCUGGAUAGUCACCAAGAUGAGCGACAACAAAAGCAUCUCUACCCGGGAAUACGCGAAGGAGGAGGCAGCGGUUGCCCAUGAGCAGUUCUUCGCACCAGAGCCACGGAAAGGCAUCUCUGUAAUACUGGAUGUAGGUAUCGCUUUAAUACUGGAUAUUUUCCGGAGAGCUGAUAAGGAUGAUGAUGGGAAGCUGUCUCUGGACGAGUUCCAGGCAUUCUUCUCCGACGGGACGCUGAACGAGGAGGAACUGGAGAAGCUGUUUCACACCAUUGACUCCGAUAACACCAGUAAUGUUGACACUAAGGAACUCUGUGACUACUUUGCCAAACACAUGGGUGACUAUGAGGGUGUACUGGCCUCCCUGGAGACUCUCAACCUGUCCAUCCUCAGAGCCAUGGACUUCACCAAGAAGGUGUACGAGCGAGGAACCAACGUGGAGCAAUUUGUUACCCGCUUCCUGUUGAAGGAAUCAGCCAAUCAGAUCCAUUCUCUGCUGAACUCGGUGGAGAGUGCUGUGGACGCUAUUGACGAGCAGCACUGUAGCCAAUCAGGGUACCCUACUAAGGUCAGUCAACGGGUUCCAGAGAAACGUUAUGAGAACCCAGUAACUGACUACCCUCCUAACAACAGAGUCAGUGCUGUCAAGGAUGCUGCCCCGAGGAACAUCAACACUGCUACAGGGGUGGUGGAGGUGAGGAAAGAGACGCUGGAGGCACAAAUCAACCGACUGGCUGAGCUGAUUGGACGCCUUGAGAACAAGACAGUUUGGUUUGACCUGCAUCAGAGGCUAACAGACACUGAUGGCACAGCCAGCGCAUCCCUGUACCUGAUUCGUCAGGAGAUGACGGUAUCCCAGAAGCAGCUGGGAGAGUUCUGUGAGGCCCUAAAGCAGUACCUGAAGAAUGUCUCUGCUGAAAGAGACUGCUUCCAUGUGACUGCAGUGCGGCUGCCAGAUGGGCUGUCCUUCGUGAUGUAUGAGUUCUGGGAUGGAGAGGAGGAGUGGAAAAAGCACCUCCAGACUGCGUCCUUCAAGGCCUUUCAACAUGUUAAAGUGGACACUCUGUGCCAGCCUGAAGCUAUGUCCACUGUUGCUGUGCCAGCCGCCUGGUGCAGCCUGAGCAGAGACUGAUGGGGGUGGGGCCGCAUCGCCUAAAUUCGCAACACCCCCAUCCUUAGCUCCCCCAUACCCCCUUUACCUCGCUCUCACAAUCCCUCUCUUUCUCUCUUUUGGUAGUACAUGUUUACACAGUGUCUGUUUGAUAUUGAGGCAAAAUGGAAGGCAUCAAUUGCAGUGAAUAUUAAACAGUGCAUUAAAGCGAGAUUACCUCCAUCCAAUGCAUUUGUUCAUUGUAUCGUUCACCCUCAAGUCAUGGUAGAAAUGAGGUGAACAGUUAACCUGCUUUUGAGGCUCUAGUGCAUGUCAUCCAUGCCUGCUGCUGCUGCUAAUGACAGAGUAAUAGAGCCCACAACAUUCGUCUCUAUCAAGCGGUUAAGGGUUUUUUUUUCCCGUUGUGUUAAGAGUACAUGUAUGAAUCAGCAAUGGAUAUAUUAGCUGUUAAAUUCUAGUAAAAUUAUAUGAAAACAUGUUCUAUUAUAAUUAUAUUUGUAUUGACGUCUUUAGUGGUACAGUGCAAAAUUCCUCAGCAGAUGCGGUUACAACAAAAGCAGCAAAACUUGUGGUUUUGAACAACUAAUCUCAAGCCUUAAACAUCAGCAGGUGGUUGAGGUUGUAGGAAUUCCCAUAAUGGAGUGGCUACAGAUCCGACUUUUCCCAGGAUCUUUUUUUCCCCAGGACCUUCAGUCCCGAAGCUUCUGCGCAUGUGUUUCUUUACCUCUACUUUACGCACUCAUUUUUGUGGUCUCCUUACCUUCACAUUUCUCACUGAUGAUCAUUUGUCAAGUUUUACUGGUGUAACAUCCAUGCAGCAUCUGCAUACCAACCAUUUGAUCUCAAUCAGUUUCAUGGGGAUAUUAAUUUAGAUCUUGAGUUAUAGUGUUGUUUAGAAGUAGCCUACAGUGUUGUUUUGAAUAAUGUACAGUGAGAGAAUUUUAGAGCAGAUGGUGUUAACAAACUGUAGCAUAGCCUACCUUUGUAGAGCAGAGACUGUGCAUAAAGUAGAGAAUAAACCCAUGAGCAGAACGUGAUCCGCACAUGCACAGAAGCUUCGGGACCUAUAGUCGAGGGAUAAACUACCCAUAAACACAGAGUAAUUCGAUUUAAAAACAUCUAACGCGCAGCCACAUAUUACAAUCACAGUGUUCAUUGCAAUUGAGCAAAAAGGAGAUGUUUCACAUGCCUAUCAAGCAAAUGAUAGUAACAGAAAAUAUAUCAGAAAGAAUGUUCACCCACCAACCCAGUUGAAGAACCUCUUCUGCACAUCUAGGAGCAUGACGACUUUGUCCAACCCCAACCUCACCAACUUGAAAUCAACAUGAUCAAACAGAAACAGUCGAAAAGCACAAUGUAAAUUCAUGAAAUAUAGCGAUUACAUAUAUUUAAAGUAUGAGAUUAUUACAAAUGAUCACAAUAAAUGUGUUUUAUCUAUAAAGAAUAAUGUAUGAAUCACUCAUCUUGAUCUACCUUUAGAGGGUGGAAUCUUUCACCCACUUCUCCAUUGAACUUUGUUUGUCCUGUAAGCACAUGGUGGUGGCAAGCUUGUCCUUUACCAAUGGGGGAAUAUCAAACCCUCACUCCCCCAGGAUCAGAUUAUCAGAUCGUCUCAGAUUAUGUCAUGUAAGUAAUAACAAAGACUGUCCUUGUUCACUGUAAAGAAUUAAACUUUGUUUACUUGCCUUUGAUCAUAACUAGGACCACCACUGAAAUUGAAUUAACUCAUGUCCAGUUCUAUCUCUGGUGCUAGGCCACAUUACUUAGAGAGAACCCUGGACUUCUCAGUGUUAAUGCACCCGUGAUAUUAAUAAAUAAUAAAUAGCACGCCUUGGGCUUUAUAUUAGCCUCAGCAUCAGUAUUACAGAAUGGAGCAAGAGCAUGGCUCCCUUGUUGACAGACGUAUGUGGGUACAUUCUACUGGAAAGGUAGCUUCCGUUGGGUUCUGUAUGAACAGGUCAGAGCCAGCCAAAAAAUGCCAAGACAAUUUCUGUAACAUUCCUGGCUGUUUCCUAAACUGUGCAACCAAUUUUGUUCUCCCCAUCUCUCGAGUGCAUGUUAAAAUGAAUGUCCAGUAAUUUAUUUGCCGUAGUAUUUAGCCAUGCUACUUUCACUGGGUUUUGUGCAUUUCUUAUUUUUCUUUUAUAGUAUUCCUAUAAAGGACAAACAAAACAAAUAUAUAUGAAUAGAAAAUGGCAUACAGAAUGAACAUUCACUUUUAUGGCAAUGUUUAGAGAAAUACUAAUUCUUAUACUUAUGUAUGUUUCAGUAAAAUGCUUUCUCUCUCAGUGUAGAGACUUAACGUACUAUAAUUAGUCUUAAAACUGUUGAAAUUCUAGAUCAUGUAGAGUGAUAAACUCAAUAAAAUGGAAAUACUGAAAUACA